UACAUAAACAGCUGCCCAUGAGCCAGAAAACGGGGAUAAUUAUUCCUAAAGAACUUGAUAUAGCAUUUGGCGUAGUUCAUAUUGUCAAAGUUAAUAUUUGAAAGCGUUUAAAUAUGACUAAUGAUAUAUCUAAAAAGAAGGGGAAGAGUUCGGGUGAGAAAAGGGGGAAAAGAAAAGCCAAAAGAAGAGAGACUUACGCGAUGUACAUCUAUAAAGUUUUGAAACAGGUCCAUCCGGACACGGGCAUUUCAAGCAGAGCAAUGAGCAUCAUGAACUCCUUCGUGAAUGACCUGUUUGAGAGGAUUGCCACAGAGGCGUCCCGGCUGGCUCAGUACAAUAAACGCUCCACCAUCACCAGCAGAGAGGUGCAAACUGCGGUGAGACUGCUGCUGCCCGGGGAGCUGGCUAAACACGCCGUGUCUGAGGGAACCAAAGCUGUCACCAAGUACACCAGCUCCAAAUGAAGACUUCAACACCCAUAAAGUUGCUGCGACAAAGAUUUCAAACCUGUGCAACAACUGUUAUCUGGUUGACUUCAAUAAACGUCAGCAUUAAAAAGCA